AUGUGCGGUAUUCUCGCCCUUAUCCUCGCGGAUACCGAUGCGUCGGACGCCUCUGCCGACUUGCACGAGAGUUUGUACUAUCUCCAACAUCGCGGUCAAGAUGCCUGUGGUAUCGCGACCUGUGGCUCUGGAGGCAGAAUCUUCCAGUGCAAGGGCAAUGGCAUGGCCUCCAAGGUCUUUGACGACGGCAAGCGCACGGUAGACCUUCCCGGCUACAUGGGCAUUGCUCAUCUUCGUUACCCGACUGCCGGAACGAGUUCUAGCGCCGAAAGCCAGCCUUUCUACGUCAACUCGCCCUACGGCAUCUGCUUCGCGCACAACGGUAACCUCAUCAACGCUCCCGCCCUGCGCAGAUAUCUCGAUAAAGAGGCCCAUCGUCAUGUGAACACCGACUCCGACAGCGAGCUGAUGCUCAACGUCUUUGCCAACGCCCUGAACGAGACUGGCAAAGCUCGUGUCAACACCAACGACAUCUUCAUUGCCCUCAGGAAGACGUACGAGAGGUGCCAAGGUGGCUGGGCCGUCACUGCCAUGAUUGCUGGCUUCGGAAUCCUGGCUUUCCGUGACGAAUACGGUAUCCGCCCCCUCAUCAUGGGAUCCCGUCCAUCUACCACUCUCAAAGGUGGUAUCGACUACAUGUUCGCUUCCGAGAGCAUUGCUCUCCGUCAGCUGGGCUUCGGCAACUUCAAGGAUAUUCUCCCGGGACAAGCUGUGUUUAUCCAGAAGAAUGGGCAGCCUCAGUUCCACCAGGUUGUUGAGCAGAAAGCUUAUGCUCCGGACAUCUUCGAGUAUGUUUACUUCGCCCGCCCGGAUACCAUCAUGGAUGGAAUCUCUGUGCACCGCAGCAGACAGAACAUGGGCGAGAAGCUUGCCCACAAGGUCAAGGAGAUUCUCGGAGAGGAGGGUGUCAAGGAGAUCGAUGUGAUCAUCCCUGUCCCGGAGACCAGUAAUACUGCUGCUGCCGUGGUAUCGGAGCAGCUUCGGAAGCCCUUCUCCAACGGCUUCGUAAAGAACCGUUACGUCUACCGUACCUUCAUCUUGCCCGGCCAGAAGGCCAGGCAAAAGAGCGUCCGGAGAAAGCUCAGCGCCAUGGAGUCCGAGUUCAAGGACCGUGUCGUCCUGCUGGUGGAUGAUUCCAUUGUGCGCGGCACUACCAGUAGGGAGAUUGUGAGCAUGGCUCGUGAGGCCGGUGCCCGCAAGGUCAUCUUUGCCAGCUGCGCUCCUCCCAUCAUCUACCCCCACAUUUACGGUAUCGAUCUCGCUUCGCCGCAGGAGCUUAUCGCCCACGAGAAGACUAGAACCGAUAUCGCCAAGCACAUCAAUGCCGACGAUGUUAUCUACCAGGACCUUGACGACCUUAAGGCGGCGUGUACCGAAGCCUCUCCCGAUCACCAGAAGAUCACCGACUUCGAAGUUGGUGUGUUCUGCGGCAACUACCAGACGGACAUUCCUGAGGGUUAUUUCGACCACUUGAACGAGAGCCGUGGCACGAAGCGGAAGGCCACUGUCGUGAACGGCACCAGCAAGGUCUUGGUCGCCAAUGGCGGCCCGGUCAAUGUUUCUACCCCUGAGCCCGCUGCGCUCACGGAGAACCCCGAGAACAGGCAGGAUAUCAGCAUCCACAACAUUGCCAACGCCUAG